AAACGUGGUCCAAAAGCUCAUCAGUUAGCUGUUACAUUUACAUCUGGUACAGUUUUAAAGGAUACAUUUAAAAAGGAAUGGGAACUUGGAGAUGUUAUUGGUCAAGGUGGAUUUGGAUUGAUAUAUAAAGCAUCAAAUGACGUAACUGGUACUGUUAGUGAUACUUCUAAUUAUGUUGUGAAAAUUGAACCUGUUGAAAAUGGGCCAUUAUUUUGUGAAUUACAUUUUUAUCAAAGAGCUGCCAAGCCAGAAAAUAUCAAGGAAUGGACCAAGAAAAAGAAAUUAAAAUACCUCCCAGUACCAAAACUAUGUGGAGCAGGCAAUCAUACAUAUCAAUCGAAAGUGUAUAGGUUUUUAGUUAUGCCUAGAUUUAGUACUGAUUUACAAAAAUUGUUUGAAUCAUGUGGUAAAUCAUUUCCACCUAAAUCAGUAUAUGCUGUAGGAUUGAGAAUGAUUGAUGCCUUAGAGUUUAUACAUGACAAUGAUUAUGUGCAUGCUGAUAUAAAAGCUGCCAAUAUAUUAAUGGGAUAUAAAAAUGGUAAAACUUUACCUGAUGAGGUAUACCUAGUUGAUUUUGGUUUAGCCUUUAAAUAUGUGAUAGAUGGUAAACAUAAAGAAUAUAAAGAAGAUCCACGCAAAGCACAUGAUGGUACUGUAGAGUUUACUAGUAGAGAUGCUCAUAAUGGGGUCUCACCAUCCAGAAGAGGUGACUUUGAGAUUUUAAGUUAUUGUUUAUUACAAUGGUUAUGUGGUAAACUACCAUGGGAAGAUAAUUUAAAUAAUAAAGACUAUGUUGGUAAUAGUAAAGCCAAAUACAUGAAAGAUAUUCCAUCCUUAAUACGAACAUGUUUUCCUGCUGGAAAUGCACCUGACACAAUAAAAACAUUCCUUACUGCUGUCUCCAAAUUAAAAUAUGAUGAAAAACCAAAUUAUGAGAAAUUCCGUCAAACCUUAAGACAAGGUUUAAGUAAGAAUGGUGGAGGAAAAGAUGAAUGGAUAUUAAAUUUACCAGUAGAUGGAAUUGCUAGAUCAAGUUCGCCAAGAAAAAUAGCCAAAAUUGCAAAACCAUCAACAUCAAAGUCACCAACCAAAGAUUCCCCAAAGGUAAUGGUUUAUCUUGAAAUUUAA